AAAAGAGUCUCCCUUCACGCGCGCUUGACAGCAUUUCAAAGGAUGAGCUCCACCCCCAAUGCCUCUGGGAGCGCUGGGAACCAAAGAAACAGCGACCAAGAGAAGCCACUGUUGCUUCCAACCACGAAAGGAUUUAGCGCUCGCGAUGAGAUUGCGAGAGUGUUCUUCAGAGGUGGAUCCUCGUUUGAUGCGUGGCUUACUGCUUGCACAGCACAGGUCGCCCAAGUUCUCCUCACGCUCCCUUACUCUUUCGCUCAAAUGGGAAUGGUGCAGGGUAUACUGUUCCAGCUCGUGUAUGGGCUUCUCGGGUGCUGGAGCUGUUAUAUGACCACCAGCCUGUACGCCGACUAUGUUAGAAUUCUCGACAGGCAAAACUCUCGCCGAGAUGACCACAUUAUCCAGUGGUAUGAAGUUUUGGGAGGCCUUCUGGGAGAAGGAUGGAAGAUGGCCGGCUUGGUAUAUAACUGCAUCCUUCUUCUUUGUACUGCAACGAUCCAGCUUAUAGCUUGCGGAAGCACCGUUUGGUAUAUCAAUGAUAGUUUUGAGAAAAGAACAUGGACAUACAUCUUUGGAGCCGGCUGUUUCCUCACGAUUUUUGUUCCAACAGCUCGCAAUUACCGGCUGUGGGCGUUUGUAGGAAUCUUCAUGACGACUUACACAGCUUGGUUUAUGACUAUCUCUGCUGUAAUUCAUGGCAAAGUAGAAAGCGUCGAGCAUUCUGGUGCAAAAAGCUCGGUCCAAUACUUCACAGGAGGCACAAACAUUCUCUACGCAUUUGGAGGUCACGCAGUCACGCUAGAGAUCAUGGAUGCAAUGCACAAGCCAAAAAGCUUCAAGAUUGUCUACCUCUGUGCCGUGCUCUACAUUUUUACCCUCACAAUACCUUCGGCGGCGAGCGUCUACUGGCGCUUUGGCGACGCAAUGCUCCACAAUCCAAACGCACUGGCCGUCUUUCCCCGCACGAGAUUCAGGGACGCCGCCGUCGUCCUCAUGCUCGCGCACCAGUUUAUCGAGUUUGGGGUUCUUGCGUUGCCCAUCUUCGUGAUGUGGGAGAAGCUCCUGGGCGUCCAUCACUCCAAGAAGCACUACAUUGUCAAAUCCCUGUCGAGAAUUCCAAUCGUGCUCGUCAUAUGGUUCAUCGCGAUCAUGAUCCCAUUCUUCGGGCCGAUCAACUCUGUCGUGGGCGCGCUGCUCUCAAGCGUUGCCGUCUACAUCCUUCCUUGCGUCGCGUUCAUGUAUGCAAGGCAAGCCCCCGAAUCACGAAAGGGCGCCUUGGAGCAGCCACCCUGCUGGCUCUUGAGGAGCUGGGUGCCCAUGUACUGCAUCAACCUUGGAUCGGUGCUGUGGGUCGCGAUCGUGGGCGUGGGAUUUGGGGGAUGGGCGAGCGUCAGCAAUCUAAUGGAGAAGAUCAGCAGCUUUGGAUUCUUCGCAAGGUGCUAUCAAUGCAAUAGCACAAGGCACUGAAUCCGAUGAUCAAAUGCUCUGGGUCUCCAAGACCGCAGCGAUAUCCUCUAACAUGCCGGCGAUUCUCUCUCGCA